CUGCCCUUCUCCUCUCUCCUCAACUCAACUCUGCUCUGUUCUGCUUCACUCUGCCUGUGUCUGCGUCUGUCGGGCCCUGCUGGCAACAUCACUUCAUUCUGCAUCGCAGCUUUCGCGACAGCUUUGAACCUCGUCGGCGCUUCCAACAUUUCACCUGAGCAUCAAUAUCUGCUGUAAUUACUGACCAGGGACGAGGCGGCACUCCCGAAGUCUGCGCAUUCUGUCUGCAUCAUAGGAGCGUGUUGACAGCUCCGUUGCCACAGCACACCUCCGCGCCUCCAAAGCUCACCUUCUGGAGAGCUCAACCUUCGCCCUACCAGCACUUACCGCUGUCGCAUCUUGAGAUCUAAACCCUCUAUAAUUCAUCAGGAUAGAUUAAUUGGAGAGCCUGUUGAGCAAGAGCCUCCUGGAAAGGUAGCUCGAAUACUUCUUGGUCGCAGCCCAAAGCCAAAGCAAUACCGCGUCCCCCGACCGAGCCUUGAUCUCAACGAUGGCAACCCAUCAUCCUUCCCCUCCUGGAGGAAUGCAAAUGCAUCAUGGCCAGGCAGGUGGUCCGCCUCCGCCAGGGAUGGCUCAACAUCAGCAGCACUUCACACCCGCCAUGCAACAAAUCGCCGGUAUCAAUGAAGCGGUUUGGAUGCAGAUUGGGAGCUUCGCGGAACUUCUCAACAAUCUUGACGAGGCUAUCGCGGCUUACGAACAUGCCCUCCGCGCCAAUCCUAGAUCUAUCCCAGCAAUGAACGCCAUAAGCUGCAUCCUUCGAACACAAGAGCAGUUCCACAAAGCUGUUGAGUACCUUCAAAGUAUACUGAAACUCGAAGUCAAUAAUGGCGAAGUCUGGGGAAGUCUUGGUCAUUGCUAUCUGAUGAUGGACGAUUUGCAACAAGCAUAUUCGGCUUACCAACAAGCGCUUUACCAUUUGAGGGAUCCGAAGGAACCUAAAUUGUGGUAUGGCAUCGGGAUUCUUUAUGACCGCUAUGGAUCUCUUGAGCAUGCUGAAGAAGCAUUCUCCCAAGUGAUGCGCAUGCAGCCAGACUUCGAAAAGGCCAACGAAAUCUAUUUCCGUCUUGGCAUAAUUUACAAGCAGCAACAGAAAUAUCAACAGAGUCUUGAGUGUUUCCGGUACAUCGUCUCAGUCCCGCCAACUCCUUUGACCGAAGAGGAUAUCUGGUUCCAAAUCGGCCAUGUCCAUGAACAACAGAAAGACUACGACAACGCGAAACUGGCAUACAGGCGUGUUCUCGACCGUGAUCCAAAUCAUGCAAAGGUCCUACAGCAACUUGGCUGGUUGCAUCACCAGCAAAGCAACAGUUUCAGCAGUCAGGAGCAAGCAAUUGAGUACCUGGAGAAGUCUGUCGGCUCAGAUCAAAAUGAUGCGCAAAGCUGGUAUCUGCUUGGACGAUGCUACAUGUCACAACAGAAGUACCCAAAGGCGUACGAGGCAUAUCAGCAAGCGGUCUACCGCGACGGACGUAACCCAACAUUCUGGUGCUCGAUUGGCGUCUUGUAUUACCAGAUCAACCAGUACCGAGAUGCACUUGAUGCAUAUUCCCGCGCGAUACGCCUGAACCCGUACAUUUCCGAGGUCUGGUACGACUUGGGGACUCUGUACGAAUCUUGCAACAAUCAGAUCAACGACGCGCUCGAUGCAUACCAGCGUGCAGCUGAACUUGAUCCUUCAAAUGUGCACAUUAAAGCACGGCUUCAAUUACUUCGUAGUGGACAGACCAACGGACUUCCAGUACAAACCAGCGCUCCUCUGCCCCAAGAUGUACAUCCUCAAGCUUACCAAGCAACCGGCGCUACUGGUCCUCCAGGGCCACAAUGGGGAAAUUCUGCUCCUCAACCUCCUCCUCCAGGCCCUCCACUUGGCCCGCCUGCCAACGGCUGGGGCCGACUCGCUGAAAUUAACCCACCACCGCAUCCUGGAAAUCCGUACGACCAAAGAGACCAAGCUCGAGGCCCUGGCCCGAUCCCGCCGCCUCCACGUGCUCAAAGCCCAAGGCAGCCAGAGCAGAUGAGACCUUUUGAAUCAAGGUUGCCUCCAGGACCAUCUCCAGGAGGACCAAGUGGCCCAAGUGGUCGUCGCACACCUCCUCGUGAUCAUCAUGCAGCAAUGGGUCCUUAUCCUGGUCCCGGUCUCUCGCAGCCUCCUGGACCGCCACCUCCGCCCCCUCAACGUGUCUCGAAUCCCAAUUAUGCUGGCCCAGGCGCUUCAGUCUUACCUCCUGCUCAAGCUAACAUGAACGGUUCCGGCCCUGGAUCUCUCCCACCGUUCGGCCGAGGUACCAGUCCUCGACCGGAAGUGCGACCCAUUCUGGAUAAUCGUAUGCCUUCGCCAAAAUCCGGGUACCCACACCAACAGCAACAACAAUACCCUCACCAUCCAGAUAUUUCUAAUCCUGGUGGUAUUGAGGGUGGUGCUCCUGCUCCAGCCUCUGCUUUGGCUGCUGCUGAAGCCGCUGCUGCAGAGCGGAAUGGAGAUAGGCCUGGGUCCGUUGGGCCUAAAAGGAUGCGUGAAUGGGAGGAGGACACAUCGAUGAAGAAACCGGCUUCAGAUGAGAACCGUGCUCGUUUGGAUGACAUGCAUCAUCGCCGUCCUUCCACCCCACCCCGCGAAAGUUUCCGCCGUAGCUCUUCCGAAGCUCGCCGUGCGGAGGAUCAGAGACGCAUGGAUGAUCAACGUCGUGAGGAUCAGCGACGUUCUGAGGACCAACGUCGGGUCGAGGAACAGCGUAGAGCCAACGAGAACUAUCACCCCUCUGAAGCUGCACACCAUCCUCCGACUCACGCCCUGCCCCAAAACCAUUUGCCACCGAUGCAGCAGGGUCCACCAUCUGUUCAUACUCCAGUUCAUGAGCUACCCCCGCCACCCCCUCCACCUGCGCCAAAGGACUACUCAAGCGAAGAGAGAGAGCAGCGUGAAAGAGAGCAACGUGAUAGGGAACAGCGAGAGCGAGAGCAACGGGAGAGAGAACGAGCUGAGAUUCCACCGCCUCCCCCACCGCCAGCUGGGGAGCCGGAACGUGCAGCACGAAAGAUGGAUGUUGAUGAGGAUUAUGAUGAUGAAGCCGAUGAGGACAAGAAGGGUGGCAUUGCAUCAGUCACAGCAUCCGGACCGGGUUCGGCUUCCGGGGAGGCUAAAACGGCCUCUCCAACUGGUCCGAACGGGCAUGUGAACGGCGUUACAAAUGGACAACCAAAGGUGGAGGUUUAGUUAUAUAGUGGGGAUCUCUUUUGUUCGUGAUGACUGUUGAUGAAUUCUGUAGAAGUGCUUCAAUGCUCUUGAGAUAAGCUUUAGUGUAAAGAUUGAUUAUUCAACCGGGUUUUUUGUAUACUUUGUUGCUUGUGGAUUAUAUUUGAGAACAUGGUCCUCUUAAAGACUGAGUGUCUGAAGUAACUUUGGACAUUGAUUUUGGAGGGGAGAUUAAAGAUGUUCCGGUUUGGAUGUCCCCUGGUUCCCCACCACCACUUCAUGUAGUGAACAGUAUGUCAGACUGAAGACAAUACUGUAAGCCAUCAUAUAUCUCUUCACCCUGUCUUUCAAUGAUAUACUUUGGCUUGUGGUGCUUGCAACUGGUGGUGCAUCACAUCCAAAAAUCGCUCGAGAAGCAUUGCCCGACUGACCUUGAGAUGGCUGGUUUGUGGGUGAAGCAAGCAGGCAAGAGACAACAAAGCCAUUAAUUUUUGCGACCCUGCUACCUAGAUUUCCACUUUCCUAGUGCACUGAUGAAAGUAGCAGUUAUGUCUUGCAAAGAAAAUGGGAACAUUGAGGUGUGUAUACGCACCGAGCAGGUAGGAUUGAUUCACUGAACUGAAGGGACUGAUGGGACGUUCGCUACGAAGAUAAAAGUUCUAAUGUAAUAUAAUUCAAUGGCGACACCGAAUCAAAAGCAAUCACAGAAUAAGUCCCCAAGUCCCAGAUGUGGAAGACUAAGUGUGUGGCAACCAAGUCGUCCUUCCGUUUUUGACAAGAGCUGCUGCCAAACGAUUAGGAACGAUUUAAAUCCCUUAUCAUUCAAAACUUAAUUCUCCAGCAACAACGAACUUAUAUAUAUCAAUGAUUUUUACAUCCUG